UUUUUGUUUGGCAAUUGCAGAACGUUCGAGCAAUUUGUACAUUAUUGUGAUGAUAAACUGGAAUAUAUUCCGAUAAAUUUUAUGCUCGGUUUCUUCGUUACGUCAGUACUGAACCGAUGGAUUAACUUCUUCAACAAUAUCGGAUACAUUGACAACAUCGGUUUAAUGGUGGCCGCGUACGUUCGAGGUACUGAUGAGAAAACACGGAUGCAGCGAAGAAAUAUUGUGCGAUAUUGUGUGCUAUCACAAGCACUCGUCUUCAGGGAUAUCAGUAUGCGUGUUCGGAAACGAUUUCCCACUGUUGAUGCGCUUGUUGCAGCAGGUUUCAUGAUGGAACAUGAAAAAGAGUUGUUCGAUCAGAUUCAGUACAGAUACGCNAAAUACUGGAUGCCUUUUCAGUGGGCAUUAGCACUGUGUCAAGAGGCAAGAACUCAGCAAAAAAUUGCAAGUGAUAUCAUUCUGCAAAAAGUUGGUGAGGAAAUCAAGCUGUUCCGUACCAAUAUGGCCAUCUUGUGCAACUUCGACUGGGUACCGUUACCGAUAAUGUAUCCACAACUCAUCGUUCUUGCUGUUCACACAUACUUCCUAAUUUGUCUUCUUUCACGUCAAUUCAUUAUCAGUGAUGAUGCGGCCAAUAAAUCACUUAUGGAUUUAUUCCUUCCAGUGAUGACCGUACUGCAGUUUACCUUUUAUAUGGGCUGGCUGAAAGUCGCUGAAGCGAUGUUGAAUCCUUUCGGAGAGGACGAUGACGACUUCGAAUGCAAUUUUUUGCUCGACAAAAAUUUAACGAUCGGACUUACGAUAGUGGAUGCAGGAUACGGUAAAACACCUGCUGUUAUGAAGGAUAUCUUCUGGAACGAUAAGAUUGAACCUCUUUACACGCUGGAAUCGGUGCGUGAUGAGCAUACAAUGAGCGGCAUUACCGGUUCAGCAGCAAAUAUUAAGCUUCAUGAAAACGAUCGUCAAAUGAAAAUGAUGCCACUGCCUCAUGAAGAGAAGGAAGGCCAUAAUUCAGCGCAUCCAUUCGGAUUAUUCCGUCGAUCAUUCCAAAAACGAUUUGGCAUGAGGUCAAUGAGUCAUACUGCUGAGCAUUAUGCGGCAUCAAUGGAUACUGCUGCUGACGACCAUCGCAAGCAUUCAAGUGAUUUGAAUCUUCACGCGAUGGAGCGCGGUUCACGUGAUCGCAGAUGCAGUUUGUCGAGUGCCAUGGAAGCGAUCGUCAACGAGUCUGGAGCAUGCACAAAUGUUGCUGUUGUGGUUGGAGGUUCGUCUGUGUACAAUUGCUUUUGGACAAGGUCACAAAGCAUUAGUGUUCGAUACUUAGUCUCAUCGACCGAGGAUGAUGUGCACUCGCGAGAUGGAGAUGAGUCGCCAGAAAUAACAAAGGAAGGACCAUUCGUUUUCCCGAGUCAUAAUGAGUUCCAUGCAACCUCGAAUGAUGUCGCUCAUCGACUAGAAGAUGUGAUAGAGGAAAGCGAAGAGAAUGCGUCCAAGAUGAAUACUGUCGAGAAACCUGAGGAUCGCACAAGACCGAGCAUUAUGGUGAUUAGCAAUCGAAUGAGACAAAUGCAGGCUCGGGACAGAGAAGGAGAUAAAAGUAGAACUGAAAGCAACGGUGAAUCUAACUUGACCACUGGACAGUUAUAA